AUGCUUCCCCGCCGGUCUCGUACAGCGUGCCUUGUGCUUGCGAACAUCCUCCUCCCGAUCGCCGUCCUGGUCUUCGCAUCUGGAUUCUUCCCAUACAAGCCUGUCUUGCCUGGCCUGGCCGCCUUUGAAGAGCACGGAGAGCAAGGUCUUAUAUCUCAUGGUAGCGACUCUAAAUUUGACAAAGUCAUAUUCAUGGUUGUCGAUGCGCUGAGGAGCGACUUCGUUCUGAUUCGAGACGAUGCAGCGAUUCCAUUUACUGCGCAUGCCACACCUCCUACGGUCACAAUGCCACGAGUCAAAGCGCUCACCACAGGCUCCGUACCGAGCUUUCUAGACCUGAUCUUGAACUUCGCAGAGAGCGAUACAAGUUCUUCCCUCGCGGCGCAAGAUACGUGGUUGAGUCAGAUCAAGGCUCGAGGCGGGAACAUUGUGUUCUUGGGAGAUGAUACUUGGCUAAAGCUGUUUCCUGCUUCUGCUGAGGGGGUGCCUUUCUUUCAAAGAGCAGAUGGCACAAGCAGUUUCUUCGUUUCGGUCAGUAGAACUGGCCCUGGUGAGGAUUUCACAGAAGUUGACAAUAAUGUUACGCGACAUGUUCCUGAAGAGCUUGCACGGUCUGAUUGGGAUGCGUUGAUCAUGCACUACCUGGGACUUGACCAUAUUGGGCACAAGACUGGUCCGAGUGGUCCGAAUAUGUUGCCUAAACAGAAGGAGAUGGAUGGGAUCGUGAAAAUGAUCUACACCGCAAUGGAAGAGGAGCUUCAUCAUCAGAAUACCCUGCUUGUACUCGCUGGCGAUCAUGGCAUGAACAACGGAGGGAACCAUGGUGGUUCUGGACCAGGUGAGACCGAACCUGCGUUGGUCUUCGUAAGCCCAAAGUUCAAGAGCAUAGAUCGCAAGAAGAGAACGCAGUACUGGGCUCCAACUCAUCCUAAGGACGGCACGGAGUUCGAGUAUUUCACAAAAGUGGAGCAGAGCGAUCUGGUACCUACACUGGCUGGUCUCAUGGGUCUACCGAUCUCUCGAAACAGCGUGGGAGUGAGCAUACCGGAAAUGAACAUUCUCUGGAGCAUGGAUGAGACCGUCGCACAUUUGAAGAGAAAUGCGAAUCAGAUCUCGCAGAUUGUCAAAGCGACCUACGGAGAAGAGAGCUGGGCCAAGACGGUCAAUAAAUACCGUGUCGUGAUCGAAAGAAGUAGCGAGGGCUGCGAUGCUCUUUCUUCCGAUCAAGAGAGGCUGGCCUGUCUUUGGGCGACUUUCGAAUUGAGAACGAAGAACAUGGAGGGCCCAUACCAAGAGAGUCAGGCAAGAACAUCAAUUCUCAAGUUCUUGCUUGAAGCACAGGAUGUGCUAAGCGGGACGGCAAGCUCGUACAAUAUCCCAAGAAUGAUCGUUGGAAUGAUGCUCUCAGCUGCAAUCCUCGGCCUUACUCUGUGCUCUUUUCAGACACUCUGGCCUGUCAGUACUCCCGGCAUCUUCCUUGGACUGAUCAGCCUUUUCUACGGCGUCAUGAUGUUUGCCUCGAGCUAUGUGGAAGAGGAGCAACAGUUUUGGUACUGGGUCACACCCGCCUGGAUCAUCACACUCGUAUUCGUUCGUCUUCCCAAAACCUCUGCAUCAUCUGAGAUAAUACGCCUUGGUCUUGCAGUCUUUACUCUGCUCGCCGUUCAUCGUCUGAGUGUGCGCUGGAAUCAGACUGGUCAGAAGCAUGCUGGAGCGCCGGACAUUGUGCACACAUUCUUCACAGAGCAUCAUAUUCUGAUGUGGAUGCUCAUCCUGGCAACUUAUGUCUACAACGGCUGGAGUCUGGCUACCAGAGCCCUUGCAGGUCUUGUUGCUCCCGAGAUCGCAGCAAUAUUCUCCGCCGCCCUCGUAUUGCCAGCUGUGGUCUUCAAGCUUACCUUCACACAAGCCGAUGCACCAGAACUUGUUAAAGACCUGGCUCUGGGUAUUCGAAGCUUCGUUCAGCCGUUCGAUCUUGUCCUCCAAGCAAGAAUUGUAUUCAGCGGUCUUGCAGUCACCACGAUUCUGGUGUCUAUCUUAUCCUUCAUGAGCGCAAGGCAAAGUCAGAAAGACGCCAUCACAUUGGUUGGUGUUCUACCAAGCCUAGCAGAAAGAGUACACAUCCUCCUCACCCUCUUCCUCAUAACGCAGACACGAGCUCCGAACGUCCCUCUUUUCCUCGGUUUAGAACUCCAGAGAGAAGCCCUCGCCUUCAUCUUCGCAGCCACAACAACAACGCAAAAAUCUCUCACCAACCCUCGACUUUCAACCACCACUGUCCAAAACCCUUCAAUCACAUCAAUUGCCACAUCAACUCUCCUCCUUUCGCAUACCACAUACUUCGCCUUCGGCGGCAGCAACUCCAUCUCUUCCAUCGACCUAAGCAACGCUUACAACGGCGUUGCAGACUACAACAUCCUCGCCGUCGGCACUCUCCUCUUCGCGAGUAACUGGGCUGGCGCGAUUUGGUGGGCUUUGGCUGCUACAAUGGGAUCUUCGAAACCUACAUCGGAUACAGCUUCUUCUUCUUCGAGUGUUUGGCUAAGUUAUGUGGCUCAUAUUACGGCUUUCGAGGCCGCGGCGUUGCUGGCUGUUAUGGCUGCUUGUACGGCUUUGAGGACGCACUUGUUUAUUUGGACGGUUUUUAGUCCGAAGUUUCUUUAUGCUAUGGCUUGGAGUGUUGGAUGGCAUGGCAUUGUGAAUAUUGGAGUGGGGAGUGGGUUGAGGGGUUUGAGUGCGAUUGCGUAG